AUGUCUCUUCCUUUUACGCCGCACCAACAGUCGGAUCAGCAGCAGCAACCGUUCACGCCGAAGCAGUCAUCUUCCUUUCAACAGAGUAGUCCGUUUUCUUUUACGCCGCAGCAACACUCGGAUCAGCAGCGACAACUGUUCACGCCGCAGCAGUCAUCUCCCUUUCAACAGACGGUGCAGCAGCACGUUCAGUUACAACAGUUUCAGCACCAGAAGCAACAACAACAUCAACUUUAUCUUUUCACCAACGACAGGGAUCCGGCCACUUACAGCACCAAAUGGACUGACCUCCAUCCUGAUUCUCAGAAACUUCUCCUUCAGAUUGAGGAAACAAUACUGGAGCAUUGGGAUGAGAGCCAGAGGCUGGAUCAGUGCAGUAGGCUUUAUGAUUCUUCAGUUUCCAGUGAUGGGUUUGAGUCUGGUGCAAGCCUCAUUGUUCAGGAACUUGGUGGAAUCAGUACAUCAAUGGAACAACAGAAAGCUGUUAUACAAGAAUUGAUGGGUGUUGUGAAAGAUAUGCUACAUAACACGGAGGUUGCUGUUCGUUCUUUUCUGAUGUUACAGCCAAAGUUUCUCCAUACAACAUCUAAUGGUGCGCCUAACACUUCUGCCACAAUACAAGCUUCAGGGGGAACUGGUCAGCUUAUGACUACUGCUAUUGUACCAAUAUUUGAUUUCUAUAGUGGUGUCCCCAGGAAACCUUCUCCAUUUUUGCAGCAGACAGUUGCAAGAUUUGAUAAGUAUCUUGUUGAGUUGCAUCGACUGAUUGAAGAGUUGGAGCAGUUGCUGAUUGUGGAUACAGAUAUCAAUGGCAUCAAUUCUAGCUCUUUAUUGUUGCAAGCACUCCCAAAAGUCAUGUCAAAUGUACACGACUUCUUUGUUCAUGUGGCAGCAAAGGUUGAAAGCAUCCAUCAGAGUAUAGAGUCCAUGAGAACUGUGUAUAUUGCAGACCAUCGACGUCAAGGUCUUUACAACGACCCAUUUCUUGAGGCAAAUAGGCGUGAAACAGCCAAAGAAAAAGUUGCUGCUAAGAGAGUACACCCUACUUUGCAUCUUCCUGCAUUUUCUCAACCUUCAACUAAGGUUUCAGGAUUAACUACUACUGUACCAACUGACCCUGAAACAAAUGUGGCUGCUUCAUCUACUAGUAAAUCCUCUCUCUUUGCCACCCCUUCUGCUGAAACAUCAUCAUCUCCUCUAUUCUCGACUCCAGCCACCGCUGCUUCAUCAUCAUCCUUAUUUGGAGGUUCUCUUACUCCAGUCCAAACUUCACUUUUUGGUGCUUCCACUCGUACCCUUAGUGGCACAUCAUUAUUUGGUUCCACCCCUUCUGUUGCAGCUUCAAUUUUCUCAACUCCAUUUGCUUCAGGUAUAUUCUUUAAUUUUGAUUUAUUAUGCAAAUUAUGGAUACCAUGGUUGCAAUUGAAUGUAAUAUUAGCUUUACUCUGCUAG